AUGUCACUGUUCGUUUGUGUACUAUUUAUCCCGCAAGCUAUAUCGAUCUGGGAUUGUGGCACGCGUGAUAUCAAUUUCGAACAUCUUAUAUACUACGGUAAAGGAGCUAAGGCAGGUCAAUGGCCGUGGCACGUAGCCAUAUACCAUGGAGAGCGUAAUAAUUACGAGUACAAGUGUGGUGGUUCGAUCAUCGAUAGCAAUACCAUUCUGACGUCGGCACACUGCAUCUGUUCUCCAAACGGUCUACAUUCGACCUCUCGCAUCAGAGUACACCUGGGACGUGUCAUGUUGAACGAGACCAAUAAUCACACGCAAGAGCACGCGGUCUCCAAACUUAUCCCACAUCCAAACUUUCAUCCAGGGAUUGUAUCAUACGAUAUUGCACUGAUAAAGUUGUCUACAAGAAUAAAUUUUACGGCGUACGUUCAACCGAUAUGCUUGUGGGGCAUGGACGCUGGUAUGGAGCUAAUCGUUGGAACAAACGGUACGAUUGUCGGUUUUGGAGAAACGGAGAACUCGAAGCUGUCAAACCAUCUUCGGGUAGCGUUAGUGAAAGUGACCGAUUUUUGGUCGUGUUUAGACAGUUAUCGUAAUGUUUUUGCCGAUGGAAUGUUCUGUGCCAAAGGCAAUGGCGAGGUGAAUGCCUGCAGAGGAGACAGCGGGGGUGGAAUAGUGUACGAGAUCGCGGGGAGGUGGUUUGUGCGGGGUAUAGUUUCGUUUAUACCACAGAAUUCAAUUCUGUCUUGUGAUGUUUCCCAGUACACCGUAUUCACCGACGUUGCCAUAUUUCGUGAGUGGAUUGCGAAAUACGUCGACCCUGCCAUAAUGGCGACCCAGGAGGAAUAUUUGAUUGAAAACAGCCCGAAUAAACGCAUCUUCUGGAUAACAAAACCACUGUCAGCUGCCAAGCGAUCCUCAUAA